CAGUUCACAGUAAGAGGCGCGGGCGUCGAACGCUGACUUGCCGGCCUCCAAAUUCCAACCGACGUUCACCUUUGAACCUUAAAACAAAAUUCAACCUUAAUUCUACGCACAGGAAGUCUAAUUUCGUACAAUCCUCAGUUCUAUGGUGUAGUGACCUCUCUAAUAAAACUCAGUGAUUUCAGUGUUGUGAAAAUGAAUGAAGAUAAUACUGUAUCGGACGAUUUGAAAAGGCAAGCUGCUAUGUUCUAUAACAGCACACAAAGGGAGCAGUCCAAAGACCACCAGAUGACAUGGUGUUUUUGGCGGCGGAGGCGGCUGGUGGUGGCGCUGCUGGCGUUUUUCGGCUUCUUCAACGUGUACGCGCUUCGAGUCAACCUGUCAGUCGCUGUGGUCGCCAUGACAGAGCCCGUGGAAACCAAACUUGAUAAUGGAACUGUUGUAUUUAUUCCAGAAUUCGACUGGAGUUCACAAACGAAGGGCCUAGUGCUGAGUUCGUUCUUCUACGGCUACCUGAUUACACAGUUGCCUGGCGGCUGGCUCGCGGCUAAAAUAGGAGGUAACAGAGUGUUUGCGAUAGGCAUCGGUGCAACAUCUCUCCUGACAUUAUUCACACCGCCGCUAGCUCACACCAGCACCGGCCUGCUGAUUGCAGUCAGAGUCAUCGAGGGGUUCUUUGAGGGUGUAACAUAUCCCUGUAUCCACGCGGUAUGGUCCCGCUGGGCGCCAGGUCCAGAGCGCGCCCGACUGGCCACGUUCGCGUUCAGCGGCAGCUACGCCGGGACUGUCGUGUCCAUGCCCAUUUGUUCCUUGCUGGCCCAUUACACCGGCUGGCCUGGUAUCUUCUAUGUAUUUGGUCUAUCUGGUUUGAUCUGGACUACGAUAUGGUGGCUGGUCGUGAAGGAAUCUCCCGAGAAGGAUCCCCAUAUAUCUCCCGCUGAACUCAAGUAUAUUCAGGAUUCUCGAGGAACUCAAGCUGUGGAAGGAUCGAAGAUUCGUCAUCCAUGGGGAGCCAUGCUAAAGUCUGCGCCGGUGUGGGCUAUCGUCAUGGCGCAUUUUAGUGAAAACUGGGGAUUCUACACAUUGCUUACAUUCCUUCCUACGUUUAUGCAAGAUGUAUUCAAAUUCAAGACAUCACAAACGGGCUGGUUAUCCGCCGUGCCUUACUUGGCGAUGGCGAUAGUACUACAAGUAGCGGGACACAUCGCCGACUGGCUGUUGCGGAGAGGAAUCAUGUCCAGGACUAAUAUUAGAAAGCUGUUUAACUGCGGGGCUUUUCUAUCACAGACAGUAUUCAUGAUUGCUGCAGCGUAUUCUACGACAGUGACAGGGUGCAUCGUCUUUCUUACUAUAGCUGUCGGCCUCGGAGGGUUCGCCUGGUCAGGAUUCAGUGUAAACCACCUGGACAUAGCGCCCCCUCACGCGAGUGUCCUGAUGGGCCUGUCCAACACCAUCGCGACACUGCCCGGCAUCAUCAGCCCGCCGCUGGCCGGCGCCAUCGUCACUGAUAUGUCUGCAGAACAAUGGCGCAUAGUCUUCUUUAUAUCCAGCGCCAUCUAUCUCAUAGGAGCGAUAAUAUACGGCAUUUUCUGUUCCGCGGAGAUACAGCCCUGGGUCGUUGAAAUAGAUACUGACGCAAGCUUCGACACAGAUGGCGCUUCAGUCACUACUUCUCGUGGCUACGACAAUAAAGCUCUAGAUCAAAAUUCUGAAAUGUAAAAAUAAUGUUAUUUAUAUAUUUUGUUGUAGUGUGAUUUUAUUUUAAUGUGAUUAGGUAAUUUGCUUUUGUGAGAUUAUUGAUAUUUUAUUACGGUUUUGAUUCAAAUCGUUUUAUGAAAACCUUUUUUAAUGUGCU